AUGAGAGCUUUGUAUCUAAAUUCUUACCUCAUUGUAUUUAUAAAAGUAAGUUUUGACCAAAGACUUUGUAUGGCAUGUCAUAAUAGUAUUUUAAUUUCAAUUUUGGAUAAACAUGAUUUACAAAUAUCUAUUUUUAUUUUAUUCUACGGCUACCAGAUACUAGAUAUUUUUGAAAAAGAGAAUGCUUCAAUUAUAAAUGGGCCAAAUACUUUAUCAUCUGGGGUGGGUGUAACAGUAAACUUAACGAGAAAGAACUGGAUAAGAACAUCCAAACAAGAGAUUUUAGCUUAA